CAAGCCGAGCCUACUCCCUCCUCACCAGUCUAAGCCAAUGAGUUUCGGCGGAGAAAACAAAAAUCAAGCAGUGUGUUAUGGGAGCGGAUUAAACAAGUGUGCUCAAGAAGAGAAACAGCUUCAGGAAUUUUAACUAGACUCCUAAAGGCACAACCCUGCCACCUUCAUGCCCUGUCUGUCGCCGUUACCAAGCUGUACCAAGUCAAAAGGGCCCGUCUCCUGUGAGAGUGCCACGUCUUUACCGAGAUCCCUCAACCUAUCACUGGAUUUUUCCAUCCCUCAGAGCUACACCACAGCCUCACCUCGCACUGCUUCGCCGGUUGGCAGAUCUCUCUUGCCCUGAGCCAGGAUGAAUGAUGUUCUGGAGGCCACCUCCCCUGCAACCAGCCUCAGCGGUCCAGCUACCUGUGUCACCAAAGUUGAGCUGCGUGUGUCUUGCAAAGCUCUGCUGGACCGAGACACUCUGAAUAAAUCUGACCCCUGCGUCAUACUCAUGGUACAGAAUGAUGGACAGUGGAUAGAGCUGGACAGGACAGAAGUGAUCAAGAGCAACUUGCACCCAGUCUUUGGCAAGGUUUUCUCGCUGGAUUACUACUUCGAGGAGGUUCAGAAACUGCGAUUUGAGGUUUACGACAUCCACGGCACUCACAGCAUCGGAACCCGUGAUGAUGACUUUCUGGGAGGGGUGGAGUGCACUCUUGGCCAGAUUGUGGCCCAAAAGAAGAUGGUGAAACCUCUGUUGCUCAAGUAUGGGAAAUAUGCCGGCAAAUCCACCAUCACAGUGCACGCUGAGGAAAUUUCUGGCAACAACGGAUAUGUGGAACUCUCCUUCUGUGCCAAGAAGCUCGAUGAUAAGGAUCUCUUCAGCAAGUCGGACCCAUUUUUGGAAAUCUAUCGAAUCAAUGACGAUGAAACCGAGCAGCUUGUUUACAGAACUGAGGUGAUUAAAAACAACCUGAAUCCAGUGUGGGAGCCCUUCAAAGUGUCACUCAUAUCCCUGUGCAGCUGCGAUGAAGACCGGAAGCUCAAGUGCCUAGUGUGGGAUCAUGACUCCAGGGGGAAGCACGACUUCAUUGGGGAAUUCUACGCCACUUUCAGGGAAAUGCAGAAAAUUUCCAGUGGAAAUAAGGUGUCGUGGGACUGUAUGAAUCCUAAGUACAAACAGAAGAAGAGAAACUAUAAAAAUUCAGGCGUUGUCAUUCUCACUGACCUCAAGCUUCACAGAGUCUACUCCUUCUUAGACUACAUCAUGGGAGGAUGCCAAAUUCACUUUACGGUUGCCAUUGACUUCACAGCCUCCAAUGGAGACCCCAGGAACAGCUGCUCCUUGCACUACAUCAACCCUUACCAGCCCAAUGAGUACCUAAAGGCUCUGAUAGCUGUGGGGGAGAUCUGUCAAGACUAUGACAGUGACAAGCGAUUUUCAGCUUUGGGGUUCGGCGCCAGAAUCCCUCCGAAUUAUGAGGUGUCCCAUGACUUUGCCAUUAAUUUCAACCCAGAGGAUGAUGAAUGUGAAGAGAUCCAAGGAGUGGUUGAGGCAUACCAGAACUGCCUUCCUAAGAUCCAGUUGUACGGCCCUACCAACGUUGCUCCGAUCAUUAACAGGCUAGCCAAGGUGGCGGCAGGUGACGGCAACAUUAAAGAUGCUUCUCGAUACCACAUCCUGCUCAUCCUCACGGAUGGUGUAGUGACUGACAUGGCAGACACACGUGAAGCCAUUGUACGAGCCUCCUACCAGCCUCUCUCCAUAAUCAUUGUUGGUGUGGGCAAUGCCGACUUCACAGACAUGCAAAUUUUGGAUGGAGACGAUGGAGUCCUACGCUCACCGAAGGGCGAGCCGGUCCUCAGAGACAUUGUGCAGUUUGUGCCCUUCAGAGACUUCAAAACGGCAUCACCUGCCGCCCUGGCCAAAUGUGUUCUGGCAGAGGUGCCCAGCCAAGUAGUAGAGUACUUCAGCCACAAGGCCAUCUCUCCUAUGAGUCCUAUGAGGGACUUACCGACUCCCAUCCUCAGCCCAGUUGCCACCACUCCAACAGAAUAACUGCACACCCUGUUCCCGCGACCAAGCUUUGACCACAGCAUCAGUCUGGCAAACUGAGAAGGAUGCUUGUCUCACUUUGGACAUAAACUGGAGAAAAAAACCUUCUAAAUGUGUUGUCGCUCGUGUAUUUCAUUUUUCAAAACAAGCAAAGUGUUUACACAAGGACGGUACUACAGAGAUUGCGAGUUGUAUUUCUGCGCUCAGUGCGGAUUGAGCACUCGUCUCUGACUGUGCAAAUCGACCAUCCAGCUGUUUCAGCAUCAGGAGUCCUGGAGGAUUUUUUUCCCCCAUGAUUUUUAUGCAUGCAGACAAAUCUCUUAGUGACGAUCUACUGAUCGCGUGCAGGCUUAAUAUUCUUUGUUGCCCAUGAAGUUCAGCUUUUUCCCCUUAUACAUACAGUGUGUUCAGAUAUUGUUUUGGAGAGGUACUAUACCAGAUGAUUUCAUCGCAAUUUGAUUGUUUUAACUUAAGCAUGGACAUGUGGAUUGUUUGAAAAUACUUAAAAUAGUUAAUAACAAAUAAACAAUUUGCCCUGCAAAUCAAAAUCUGUCUGCAGAAUUGGCCAAACAACCCAUGACCUGACAUUGGAAUAAAUGAAAACGGUUGCUAAGGCUUAAAAGCUUUUUUUUUUUUUUCCAAAAGGCAGCAACCAUAAUCAACAAAUCAAGAGCAGCCCUCAUUGCAAAUGCAAGAACUGGCACUACUACUUCUUGGCAAACAAAAACAAUUAGUGCCAUGUGUGAUUGACAGUUGGACUGUACAGGUUGCCAAAUGUAUGUAUCCUGUGUAAAAUAAGCGUCUAAAUAACAGCUCUGAACCAUUUUCCAAGAAAACCUGAUGAAAAAACAGCAGCAAUGGAAAUAUCUUUGUUGAGCGCUCUCAUGCCAGACUUGUUCAUCUUGAACUUCUGUGAAACUGCAAGCGACAUAAUAACUUCAGCAGUCUGCAAUAUUUGCUACAGCUUCAGCUCUUGGUAUGCUUUUUCAGUUGUAACAGGGAGCCGAAAAGACAGAGCAAGACAGGAACGGAAGAUGUGUUUGGGUGGCUGUGUAGUAGCGAAAGGUUGUAAAGCGCUGCCUUUUCUGAGGGUAUCCGUGAGCAAAGCUCGAGUAACAUACUCUCAAAGAGCUAAUCGAUGACUGCACCCUAUUUUUGGUCUUGUCUAUAGUGGCUACGAUGUAAGCUGUGAAAGUCAUGCUUUUUGUCGGGUGAAUCCUUUCCCUCUGAAUUGUCCAUCUUUGUUUGUUGUCAUCUCUAAACCAUGCAGGUUGUACUUUCUGCAGUGACUUCUUUUUAUAGAUAUAUUUCCGUUCCUUUUUUGUGCUGCCUUUUAUAUGACAUAUAAUUCUACUUGAUGUUUCAUGAUAAAUUUAAUGGGUGAGAAAGACGAACCAUUAGCGCUGUUAUGCACAACUUAAUAUAUCCAUUACAUUUACAUCAGAUAGAUCAAUUUAAAAGAAAAGUAUGACUGGUCACCAAAUUUCCAUUUUCUUCAGCAUUUCAUAAAAAAAAAAAAAAAAACGUGCUAAAGGUCGAUCCGUGAUAAACUGUUCUUUAUUUCACUUCCACCUAACUCUUGCCUGAAGGUUUCCUGCUUACUGGAUUUUACUUUUGCUGUUCUAUUGAGCGCUACAAUGUUCAGUAUAUAAAAGACAUAACCUUCAUUUUUAUUUAUCCUGCCUGAGCUUUGUCAGAUUGUCUUCAUAUUGUUCAGAGUGUAGCCCGUAACCUGUGUCAGUCAGACAAAGCUGUCAUGUUUUGCCCUUAUUACUAAUGCUACAGUGCUUAAAGCACAGUCUCUAAACUGAAACGCUUCGCAGCAGAAAAACAAGUUGCUGUUUUUUAAAAAUAUAUAUAUUAUUAUUGUACUGUAAAUACCUGUGUGGAUAUUGCAAUCUAACGAAGAAAAGAGAGACUGUGUGUUUAAGCUACCGGCAAUUAUUUUUCAAGGGGUGUGCAAAAAGUCAACAGCACCAGAAAGAAGGACAUUUUUCGCCUUCAAAAGGCGUCCUCUUGGCAUUUAAUUAAUUUUCAUAAGUGUACAAAUAACCUUGACACCUCUGAAACAAAAACUUUUGUCUAAUCAAGUAACUAUUUCCAAAAAUGGAGAUUUCACCUCAGCAUUAUAUUUUUAUUGAUCAACACUAAUUCUAAAGAUUUUUACGUUUUGAAUGAAAUCUCUCCCUGAACUAAAGAAAUCCUAUAUUUUGCUUAGUAUUGUGUUCUCCUUUGGCUUUCCGUUGCAUAUGCAAAGUUUGCUUUAAUGACAGUGUUAAUAACUACAAGUUUAAGCCCCACAGAAAGUGUUAAAUUCCUCAUUAAUCAUCUGAUGACCAUUGCUUUAAAACAUGAUGAUACAGUAGUGAGUUUCAGUAAAAAUAAAUAACAUGAACGCUCCACAACUGUCAAGCUGGAUAAUGUGCAAAUUAUACUCUUAACACUGUUUGGCUGUUCAUUAUUUGAUAUCUAUUCCAGUAAUGACCCUGUACUUUGUAUAUUUUAUCUACUAUGGUGCAUUUGCACUGUGAAUGAUUCUGAAUGGCGACAAAUGCACUUGGAAAGAAACCACUCUGUCACUGCCAAUAAAUGUACAGGAUGCAAAUUUAGUCUUUACAGCUACUCCAUCAUACACAUAUCCACUCCAAACUACAAAUACUAGUCAGACUUUGAUUUGUCCUCUAGAGUUUAACCACCCUUCCCCAGACACAGAUUAUUGACUUCCCAUGAAAGCACCUAAACACAGUUACCUCUGCUGUCGGCUGCUUUUUGAACUUUGACGAUCAGCUAUUGAGGAUUCUUCUGUCACUAUAGAUCACAGGAUGAGGCCUAUUGAUUCAGCAGGCCUUGAUUCAGAGCCGUACUCGGUUACUCGAAUGUAAAUAAUCCUGGAGGGAAUUGUGUCUCACAGCUGAAGCGUAGCUCCAUGUUACCAAUUUACAGCGGGGUAGGAAUAAAUGCAAAAAUUAGGAAAUACUCGACUGGAAUCAUCUGCAUCUGAAAUUUUAGGUUGUUUAUUCAGAAGUUUUGACUUUCCUGCAUGAUGAAUAAUUGUUUUGCUGUUCAUGCAUCUUAAUACAGUCCUUAUUAUUCUCCUGUAAAUGAUUUACAGCACAGAAAAUGUUGCCAUUCUUGGAUAAUUACUGUAACAAAAAGCAUUUUUUAAGAGAUUUUGUCAAUGAAGCAAGCUUUUUACUUUAUCACAAUUCUUUAGCUGCCACUUAUUCUAAUGAAAUAUGGCAGGAAGUGCAGAUAUCAACUAGUAUUUCUGUUCCUUGAGGGCAAACCAGCUCCCUUAUUAAUAACUAGAAGACAUCCAUGUUCAUUCUGUGAUUUGUGCCUUAACCUGGCAAUACGCUUUUUAUCCCCUGUAACUUACAGUAUCUCACUCUACGCAACUCUGCCUCAGGUUAUGAGCUGCUCCGGCUCAAAUGGUUCAUUCCCUCGUACCUUUAACAUUUGCAUGAGAUGGGAUUUUAAAAAUGAUUGGUAAUUAACCACAGAAUUCAGGCUAAAUGUUAUCCCUUAUAAGCAACUUUAGUUUGCUUUUAUCAUCAAAAAUGCUUCGUGGCUUAUCUAAAUUACAAGGGGUGUUUGAUGGUUGUACAGCAGUGGAUGGGUCUUCCAUGCUUCACCAGAUUUUCCACAAACAAAUCUUCAAAAUCUUUACUCAAAUCAAUUAAAGAUCCUAUUCUGUUUCCAUUUCCUUUUAACUACAAUGAUUCAAAUAUGGAAUGCUGAAAUAAUAAUUGUGUGCUUGUUUGCAAGAACUGCCCUGAACACAGGCAUCAUCAAGGCUCAACAAACUUAAUUGGAUUUUUUUUUUUUUAAAUAAAAUAAACGGCAUUCUUGUUCUAAUGAGAAUUUAUCUACUGCACCAUAAUGGUGCAAUCAAGAGUUAACUAAAGCAGUAAGACCGCAGUUCAUGUGCCCAUCUUGCUCUGCAGAUUGAAAAAAAAAAAAAGCUGUGAGGAAUUCACUGAGCUGCUUAUUCUCCCUUAUCUAUUCUUGCACUAUUGUCAGACAAAAUUAACAAGUCAUAGGUUUUACACCUCCUCGUUGUAUCGGAAAUUUCCCAUGCACUCUCUCUCUCUCUAUCUUUCCCCUGCUCAGCAGAGUAGGGUUUACAGUCCAUAGCUGUAAUAUGAACCUGGUGUAACUGCCGGCCCCGUGGCCAACAAGGAUCCCAUGCAUCAUUAGUAAAUAUUUGAUUUCUUUAAAGGGAAAAAGGGAUUUAUUGCAUGCAUACUUUUAUUGUUACGCUGUGCUGUACAGUCAUUCCUUUGGAUUUUAUGAUAUGCUAAUAUGCAAGCCUGCAUUUGCACAAACCUCUGUUCCUGUAGUUUAUGCUCUUUGUCUUGCAGUUAGGUAAAUAAAUCUCAUCAUUUAAGUGAAAAUGUCUCUGGGGUUUAUUGUAAUUAAAUAAACGAUUAAUGAUUAAAUGAUUCAAA